UAUUUUUCUAAGAAGGGAAAGUAAUUUGAUGCUAUGGAGACAAUGAAGAUCUUCUGGACUAUCUGGCUAAAGUUACUACUUUAUUACUUUACUACCUCCUUCUGCAUGACUACUUGCUUGGUACCUUGCCAUGAGCGCCCUGUGACCCCUUGUGUCAUCUUUAUAUGAUGAGUCUCGAUCUCUGACCAUAUUAUUGUGCAUCUUACUGCAGUCAUCCAUGGAUUUCAAUCCACCUCCAUCUGUCAUAUAACUCUACGCUCUAUCUACAUACCUCGUCCCUCUCUCGCCAACAACCAACAUCUCCAUCUCUUUCAGCCAACAACUAUCAUAACCACUCCUGACCUGAUUGAUACUCUCAACAUCACAACCAAUGGCCGACUGCUGGCAACCACAAGCCUCCGUAGCAGGCCCCUACUGGAUUUCCCCAGAAAACCAGCCAUGUUUCCGUACAUCGACGUUUCGUGACUUGAUGUAUGCUUUUCCCAAGCCAAAGCACACUAGUCGGGUGAUGAAGCCCCGGAGUGCUGGAAACAGUCCUUCUUCUGCUGCCAAGCGAAGGGCCACCACGUCGCACACCUCACCAAUGUACCGGCAACUGCCGCAGCAGUCUUAUCAGGCUCAGAUCCAAGCUGCUCUCGCGGCUUCCGCCAUGCGCAGAACACGCCAACCGCGACCAAUGAGCUGGCACCCGGCAUCCCUGCGAUCAACUGGAUAUUCCACCUCUCAGUACUUACCAGCCACCACUAUGUCUGAAAACCUUGCUGGCACAGGCUUAUGCGCUUCGUCAUCCAACACGCUUCCUGUUACCUACGGUGGCGAGGAUAUUCUACCUGCGUAUUCUACCUCAGAUGCUGCGAUGUUUUCCUCUUUAUCUGGCAUGGAAGAUCCGACAAUUAUGCAGCAACAGUACCUCCUGCAAAUGAACGGCCCGCAGGUCGAGCCAGUCACUUGGGACGCCAGUGCGUCUAGCUUAUCCGCGAUGGCUCCCCCCAUGUCUGAAGGCUGGUCCUUCGAUAUGAUGUCCAUGUACAGCAGUAUUCCCGGAGCGGACGUUGCGGGGUCGAAUUACGAGAGUGCGCCGUCUUCUGGACCUCCCACGCCAUUUCUUCCAAUUCAGCAAUUUGAUGAGCCGGAGGCGGUUGAGGAGAAGCCGGAGGACGAGCUUGUCGGGAUGGGCCUGUACAGCCAUCCUGACCCAUCGCUGAAUGCGUCCUUGACUGGAUUAAGCGGCAAGGGGUUGAAGCUGGAGGAGACUUUUACACCCUCACCGGACGACGAGACCGAAAACCAGGACGCUGACGGAGAGGAUGAUGACUCGCAAGAGACCGCAGAGAAGCAAGCCGGCGACAGUGUCGAUGUUCGUCAACCGCAACUGGGGUCUCAAUCGCACGCGCAACCUGUGAAAUCAGCACAGAAUAUGCUUAACAAGUCAUUCUUUUUCGAGGACGAUGGCAGACUAGACCAAGAUGGCGGGGUAGUCCCUCAGCAAUUCUUCGGUCUGGAAAAUCAGCCAUGCAUGAACUAUGCAUAUGGGUGGAUAUGAACUUUGGAAUCUGUUUCUUUGCCCUUUUUCCUCGACAAAUCCUGUCUCUCCUUUUGUCCUUUUCAUCCUUUUGCUUCAUGGCAUAGCGUGGAGUUUUGAUUUUUAUAAGAGGCACGAACCGUGACGAGGAUACCCAACGGAAGGUACAAUGAUACGAAUAGCUACAUGCAUUAGAUAGACAAUUAACCAAUAGACGAGCCACUUUGCUAAGACU